GACCGGCGGGCGCGGCGUUUUAAAGUCGUCGGAUUUGUUGGAAUUAUGGGGUCGUCACCAGAGAUGGAGAGGUUUGGUCUGUCUGAUGUGGAAUAUUCGUUCAUGAUGGAUCCUUUAAAACGACGCCAGAACCAGUCAAAGAAGCAAACAAUAUACGGGAUUUUCGCCUCAGACGAUUCUGAUUCAGAGCCUGAAAGAAGUGGCUUCGGUGGACGUGAAGCUGGUUUCAAGCGUAAGGGUGCCAAUUAUUCAGCACCGAUCACCUUUGUCAGUGGUGGAGUGAAGGUAGGUGCCGGUGCUUCAUCUGGUUCGAAAGAAAAUAACGAAGAGGCCGACCAGAUUUCGGAUGAUGAAGACGACAAAUCUGUCCUAAGGAGUUUGCGUCCUUAUCAUGAUUCAGACUCUGACUCACCAAAUUCAGAUAUUUAUCGUAAGCCCGACAAGCCUGUGGGCAUAUCCGUUGGGGCCAAUCGACGUGUAGCAGCAGCCGCUGCAGCGGCGAAGUCAGCAACCUCUGGUUUCGGGGCUUGGGAAAGGCACACAAAGGGUAUUGGAAUGAAGCUUUUGGAGCAGAUGGGUUACGAACCGGGUAAGGGUCUCGGUUCUGACGGUCGGGGUAUUGUUACUCCAGUUCAAGCUGUCCAGCGAGUGGGGAAAGUAUCAGUAGGAUAUUAUGGAUCUGAAAAAGCUCCCGCCCCUCGUCGAGGAAAUGAGACUGUCGUUGAAGAUUCAGACUCUGGAGGCGAAUCGCAUCCCGAACAUGCUCGCAAUGUUGCUUACAGUGGUUAGAAGACUGUAUUUUGUCAGCAUCUUCAUCAAAUAGAACUAUGUCAUCGGCAUAUUCCAAGUCAACAAGUGAAUCUCCCGGUAGAAGUUCAACCCCUGGAAAUUUAGAUGAGAACAGUAUCAUCUCUAAAAGCACGUCAACGA